CUGCCGCCGCCAUUAGCCUCCGCCGUUCGCCCCGGGACGGCGUUGACUUGCCGAGCGCUGGGCCGGUGCCGCACCUUGGCCCUUUCGCGGGGAACGAGCCGGAAGGAGGAGGGAACUCACCCUCGCGUUGUGUAGCGGCCGUGACCCCCUGGAGCGGUGUGCCCUCCGCCGGCCGCCCGCUGGGCCGCGGCCUCUGCAGCCGCCCCCAUCCCCGCAGUCGCCAAGGGCGGCGCCCGGGUCGUGGUGCCUUUUACUCGGGGGACGCCGCGGUCCGCCGAGGUCGCCAGGGCGCGCAGAGCAGAGGUGUGCUCGCCCGCAGCGCCCCGCGAUGGCGGCGCCGCCGAGCGGCCGGGCCCAGAUAUCUGUGACCUUCGAUGAUGUGGCCGUGACUUUUACCCAGGAGGAGUGGGGGCAGCUGGACCCGGCCCAGAGGACCCUGUACCAGGAGGUGAUGCUGGAAAACUGUGGCCUUCUGGUGUCUCUGGGUCUUUUAGGCAGGUUCCCUCACAAAAGUCCCGGGACGCCGCCAGACAACAGGAGCAGCAGAUCCCCUCAUUCAGCCAUCCUGGAAUAGAGCUUUCUAAAGUUGCGUACCUCUAACUAUUGGUGAUUGAGGAAUGCCACUUGCAGGUUGGUAGAGACUAGUUUUUCAACCUUCCUUUGAUGCCAGAAUCAUCUGGGGAGGUUUUAAAAUCUACCGAUAUCCAGGCCUCACCUGCAGAGAUUUCCUUUCCAUUGGAUGUGAACCCAACAUGCCAGGAGGGGUUGAUGCACGCAUGGUUGAGACUCACUUACUUGGAUUGAUUAGGAAACACUUUCUGGAAGGAGGAAGUCAUAUUCCCUGGGAUUCUGUGUGCUGGAAGCCAAAGAGAAUAGGUGCUGUCUACACAGCCAGCACUACUGUCUAAAGUCUUUGGAUCCCAGCAGUGGUGUUUGUGCCUAUUUCCAGGUGACAGGUUGGUAUUUUGUUAGUGUGGAUGGGAGCAACUUCUUUCCGAGGUCAUUUCCGCAUCCUGAAGUCCCAGAAUAGAUUGAGACGUUUUCUUUCUUUUCACAGAAACCCUAGUGUCUUCUUUCCUUCUCUGUGAACAGGGUGUCCUGUUCCUAGACCUGAGCUGAUCUACCAGCUGGAGCACGGGCAGGAGCUGUGGACGUGGAAGAGACACCUGUCUCAAAGCGCCUAUCCAGGUAGGAGCCAAGAUGUGGGCAGGUGGGAGACCCUGCAGGCUCGAGACCAGGAGGAGACCACUGGCCCUGGUUCCCUGGGGAAGCUUCUUGUUCUGGCCUCUCUGGGGGUUUGGAAGGCACGGAGCCCUUUGACCCGAAGUCAGCAUGCCUGGCAAGGUACCCAGAAUGUUGCUCACUCCUUCCACCUCCCAAGUUUCAGUGAAUGGUCCUGCCACCCAAGCAGGUUAGAGACUGGGUACGGCCUCAGAGAAUCCUCACACCGCCGCCUCCCUCAGUCCCCGCAUCCGGCCAUGCCCCAGUCCUGUGCGCUUCACAUCUUGUACAUCUCCUGAAUCCCGUCACUUGCACCACCUUCCUCAGACCCGUCCCCAAGCUCAGUGCACGCUCCCAUCCUCUUUUCUCUGGGGGAUGCUACUAGUCUCCUCACCGGCCUCUGUAUCUGCUGGUGCCUCUAGUCAGCUCUGUGUCCUGCAUGAGCUACUCCAGGAGCUCAGACUUUGUUCCAGGUGGUUACCACUUCCCCAGCCCUGGAUGUCUCAGCAUAUGACCCCUGAGGUGUCAGCGGGUCUUUGCGUUGAAAGUAAAGUCCGCCUCCUCCAUUGCUUGAUCCUCGACCCUACCGCACUUGCUCAGGCUCCGGUGUCUGCAGCUUCCCCUUCCAUCUUGAGGGAGAGGUCUUGCCUCUGGCCCUGGCCAGUUCCUGAACCAGAGUCUAGAGCACACCUUUUCAGGAAGAUGUUUUCUUCAUUCAUAUUGUUUGUUUUGUAAUGUAAUGUCAUCCUUUCUCUACUCAACAUAAAAAUAGACUCAAAUUCCUUUAGCUGAAGAAAAUCAAUAAAUACCUGUCUCACAUCAUAUUCAUCUACUCUGUGUACAUUCAGUUAUUCACAUGUUUUGACUCUCAUACGUGGUGCUGCCAGGAGCAGUCCUGUAUCAGUCAUCUUGCACAUGAUUACG